AUGGAUGGACUAGCAAGUCAUAACCCGAGUCGGAGCAUAAGCAGGAACAUGAGCAAGAACAGUUGGGGAGUGGAACAUGUGUUUACGGGGUCAAGGAGAAGUGGGCAUGUCGAUGAUGACGAAGAAGCUCUCAGGUGGGCUGCUCUGGAGAAAUUGCCCACCUAUGAUCGCCUCAGAACCACUAUAAUGAAAUCUUUUCUGGAGAAUGAUCAGGACCAAAGCAACAAGUUGAUUCACAAGGAGGUUGAUGUAAGGAAACUUGACAUGAAUGAUCGCCAAGAUUUCAUUGAGAGGAUCUUUAAGGUUGCAGAGAAAGAUAAUGAGAAGUUCUUACACAAGCUUAAGAAUCGAAUCGACAGGGUUGGGAUCCAGCUUCCAACAGUAGAAGUUAGAUUUGAACAAUUGACAGUAGAUGCAGAUUGCUACAUUGGCAGCAGAGCUCUUCCUACGCUUCCGAACGCUGCUCGGAACCUUUCAGAAUCAGCUUUGGGAUUGCUAAGGAUCAAACUUGCCAAAACAACAAAACUCACAGUGUUAAAGAAUGUUUCAGGCAUUACAAAGCCUUCAAGAAUGGCACUUCUGUUAGGCCCUCCAUCCUCUGGGAAGACAUCUCUAUUACUGGCACUUGCAGGAAAGCUAGACCCAAGCUUGAAGGUGAAAGGGAAAGUCACAUAUAAUGGGUAUAGACUUGAUGAAUUUGUGCCACAAAAGACCUCUGCUUACAUUAGCCAGAAUGAUGUUCACAUAGGAGAAUUAACGGUGAAAGAAACACUAGAUUUCUCAGCAAGAUGCCAAGGGGUUGGAUCAAGAUAUGACCUUCUGACUGAGCUUGCAAGGAGAGAGAAGGAUAGAGGCAUAUACCCUGAGGCUGAAGUGGACCUUUUCAUGAAGGCAACUGCAAUGGAAGGAGUUGACAGCUUGAUCACAGACUACACUCUCAGGAUACUGGGGCUUGACAUAUGUCGAGAUACGAUCGUUGGGGAUCAGAUGCAGAGAGGUAUAUCUGGUGGACAGAAAAAACGAGUGACGACUGGAGAGAUGCUCGUAGGCCCCACAAAGACGUUGUUCAUGGAUGAGAUAUCGACGGGUUUAGACAGCUCCACGACCUAUCAGAUAACUAAAUGUUUACAGCAGAUCGUCCACCUCACCCAGGCCACCAUCCUCAUGUCCCUACUCCAGCCUGCUCCUGAGACGUUCGAUAUCUUUGAUGACAUCAUCCUCUUAUCUGAGGGCCAGAUAGUAUAUCAGGGCCCACGAGAGCACAUUCUUGAAUUCUUCGAGAGCCGCGGCUUCCAAUGUCCUGAAAGAAAGGGAACCGCUGAUUUCCUCCAAGAGGUAACCUCAAAGAAGGAUCAAGAACAGUAUUGGGCCGACAAGAGCAAGCCGUACCGGUACGUUUCGGUGAGCAAAUUUGUGAACCGGUUCAAGAGAUUCCAUGCCGGGUUGCGCUUGGAGAACGAGCUCCAGGUACCGUACGACAAGAGCAGGAACCACAAGGCGGCAUUGGUGAUGAACAAGUACUCCAUCCCUAAAAUGGAGCUUCUUAGGGCUUCCUUCAACAAGGAAUGGCUCCUUCUCAAGAGAAAUUCCUUCGUCUACAUCUUCAAGACUGUUCAGAUCAUCAUCGUUGCCGUAAUCGCAUCGACAGCGUUCUUGAGGACCAAAAUGCACACCUCUGACGAAGACGAUGGCUCUGUUUACGUGGGUGCACUGGUCUUUGGUGUGGUAGUCAAUAUGUUUAAUGGCUUCGCAGAGCUCACAAUCACCAUUGCAAGGCUUCCUGUGUUAUACAAGCACAGAGAUCUCCUAUUCUAUCCGGCUUGGGUCUUUACCCUCCCGAACUUUCUCAUUAGGGUCCCUAUUUCCAUUCUUGAAACUGUUAUUUGGAUGAUUAUUACCUACUAUACAGUAGGAUUCGCUCCAGAAGCUAGCAGGUUUUUCAAGCAAUUACUGCUGGUUUUUUUGGUCCAACAAAUGGCUGCGGGUCUCUUUAGGUUCGCAGCUGGAGUGUGCAGAACUAUGACUAUUGCCAACACAGGUGGAUCAUUGAUGCUCCUCGUUGUGUUCUUGCUCGGUGGUUUCAUCCUCCCUCGAGGUGAAAUUCCCAAGUGGUGGAUCUGGGGCUACUGGAUUUCACCUCUCUCAUAUAGUUAUAAUGCUGUUAUUGUGAAUGAGAUGUUUGCUCCAAGGUGGAUGAACAAAUUGGCAUCUGACAAUGUUACAAGGUUGGGUAUUGCUGUAAUGGAGAACUAUGAUGUCUUCCCCGAGAGAAACUGGUUUUGGAUUGGGAGUGCUGCCCUUUUAGGGUUCACAUUCCUCUUCAAUGUUCUUUUCACCCUUGCACUUACGUACCUAAACCCUCUUGGAAGAUCACAAGCAAUUAUAUCCGAAGAAGCAGCCUGUGAGAUGGAGGCCAGCCAAGAAGAAUCGAUGGAAGAACCUAGAAUCAUAACAACAAGGUCAAAGCGAGAAACAGCCCCUCAACCUUUGUCUGUAGCAGAUGGAAACAACACAAGAGAAAUGGCAAUCCGACGAAUGAGUAGCAGAACCAAUGCUAAUGGACUUAGCAGAAAUGCUGAUUCAGUUCUUGAAGUAGCAAAUGGGGUUGCCCCCAGGAGGGGAAUGGUUCUUCCAUUCAUACCUCAAGCCAUGUCCUUUGACAAUGUGAAUUACUAUGUCGACAUGCCUCAGGAAAUGAAGGAUCAAGGGGUGUCAGAAGACAGACUCCGUUUACUUAGGGAAGUGAAAGGGGCAUUUAGGCCUGGCAUCCUGACGGCAUUGAUGGGAAUCAGUGGGGCUGGAAAGACAACAUUGAUGGAUGUUCUUGCAGGCAGAAAGACAGGGGGAUACAUUGAAGGUGAUAUCAGAAUCUCAGGUUUCCCUAAGAAGCAAGAAACCUUUGCAAGAAUAUCAGGUUACUGCGAACAGAAUGAUAUCCACUCCCCCCAAGUCACCGUUAGGGAAUCCCUGAUCUACUCUGCUUUCCUCCGUCUCCCAAAAGAAAUCAGCAAAGAGGAAAAGAUGAAAUUUGUGUAUGAAGUGAUGGAACUAGUAGAACUUGACAAUCUCAAGGAUGCUAUAGUGGGGCUUCCAGGGAUUACUGGUCUGUCAACCGAACAACGGAAGAGGUUGACAAUUGCUGUGGAGCUUGUUGCUAAUCCUUCAAUCAUCUUUAUGGAUGAACCAACAUCAGGACUUGAUGCAAGGGCAGCUGCUAUUGUCAUGAGAACUGUGAGGAACACGGUUGACACUGGCAGAACAGUUGUCUGCACGAUUCAUCAACCUAGCAUCGAUAUCUUUGAAGCUUUUGAUGAGCUGCUACUGAUGAAAAGAGGAGGACAACUAAUCUAUGCUGGAUCUUUGGGUCAAAAUUCUCAAAAGAUUAUUGAGUACUUUGAGGCUAUUCCUGGGGUCCCAAGAAUCAAAGAGAAUUACAACCCUGCAGCAUGGAUGCUGGAAGCAAGCUCUAUCUCAACUGAAGUUCGGCUUGGAAUUGAUUUUUCUGAGUACUACAAAUCAUCACCUUUGUAUCAGCGGAACAAGGCGUUAGUUAAGGAUUUGACCGCCCCAGCCCCUGCAGCGAAAGAUAUCUAUUUUCCUACUAAAUAUUCUCAAUCAACAUGGGAGCAGUUCAAAUCUUGCCUUUGGAAGCAGUGGUGGACUUAUUGGAGAAGCCCAGAUUACAACCUUGUCAGAUUUAUCUUCACCUUUGCUUGCGCCCUUAUGAUUGGGACAAUCUUCUGGAAGGUUGGCUCUAAAAGGGAGAGUUCAAUAGACUUAACCAUGAUUAUUGGAGCCAUGUAUGCGUCUAUCUUUUUUGCUGGAAUCAACAAUUGCUCAACUGUACAACCAGUCGUCGCCAUUGAAAGAACAGUAUUCUACCGAGAAAGAGCUGCUGGGAUGUACUCUGCCUUACCAUAUGCUAUUGCACAGGUGGUCACUGAAAUACCAUAUGUAUUUGUGCAAUCCACAUAUUACAUGCUAAUUGUGUAUGCUAUGGUCAGCUUCGAAUGGACAGCAGCAAAGUUCUUUUGGUUUUUUUUCAUAAGCUUCUUCUCCUUUCUUUACUUUACUUACUAUGGAAUGAUGACAGUGGCAAUCACACCAAACCACCAAGUUGCAGCAAUUUUUGCAGCUGCUUUCUAUGGUCUCUUUAACCUCUUCUCAGGUUUCUUCAUCCCCAAAUCAAGAAUUCCAAAGUGGUGGAUCUGGUAUUACUGGUUUUGCCCAGUGGCUUGGACAGUUUAUGGGCUCAUAGUGUCACAGUAUGGAGACAUGGAGCAAGACAUCACAUUGCCUGGAGGGAACAGACAGAGCAUUAAGACCUAUGUGGAAGAACACUUUGGGUACGAUACUGGUUUUAUGGGUCCAAUUGCAUGAGUUCUUGUCAGUUUCGCAGUCUUCUUCGCAUUUAUAUUUGCAUUUGCCAUUAAGGCAUUGAACUUCCAACAAAGGUAGAAUUAUAGGGAACAAUAUGCCAUACGUAGAGCAU